ACAAUCCGAGGUAACAACGAAAAAAAAGUGCGAUAUUAAUUUUCGUAAAAACAAAUAUAUACCUACAGCUAGUUUAAAUUUUACUCAAUAAUAUAAACAACGCUCAUAAAAUAAUUUAUUCUUUAAACGGCCUCGAUUCAGGUUGUAACAGGAAGUAUGAGGUGGACAGUACACAUUGAAGGUGGACCAAGACGGGUUAAUCACGCAGCAGUGUGUAUCGGAGACAAAAUAUUUUCCUUCGGUGGAUAUUGUUCAACUGAAGAGUACAAAGAUUGGGAACCCAUUCCAGUCCACAUUUUAGACACAACAACAUUAAGAUGGGCAGCCAUCAACUACAAAAAAAAUGAAGUUGUUCCUUUCCAAAGGUAUGGCCAUACCGCAGUUGCAUAUGGACACAAGGUAUAUAUGUGGGGCGGAAGAAACAAUGCUGUAGCUUGUGAAACAUUAUCUUGUUUUGACACAAAAAAAUUAGAAUGGAGUACACCUUCGGUGACUGGUAUGGUGCCUUAUGCAAAAGACGGACAUUCAGCUUGUGUGAUUAGAAACAAGAUGUAUAUCUUUGGAGGUUUUGAAUAUCUGACUGAUCAGUAUUCGCAGGAUGUUCAUUGUUUAGAUUUAGACACUAUGCAAUGGAGGUUUAUCAAUACUCAAGGUACACCACCUUCUCACAGAGACUUUCACACAGCAGUGGCAUAUAAUGAUAGAAUGUACAUCUUUGGAGGCAGAGGUGACUUGAACAGUCCAUAUAACUCUGAAGAGGAAAUAUAUUGUCCCCAAGUUUAUUAUUUAGAUACAGUGUCUGAAACUUGGGUAAAUGUAAAUGCUAGUGGAUCCUGGCCUGAAGCAAGGCGCAGCCAUUCUGCUUGGCUAUAUAAAGAUUUUAUGUACAUAUUUGGUGGAUUGAAUGCUAAAACAAAGACGCACUUCAAUGAUCUUUACCGAUAUUCCAUAAAUGGAAAUUACUGGGAAUACCUUAAUGUACGUGGUGUAGGACCUUGCAAAAGAAGACGACAAGCUUGUCUUAUUUUUAAGGAAAAAGUUUAUUUAUUUGGAGGAACAAGUCCUUGUUCCCAUAAUAAUAACAAUAAUAACAGACCAGUAGACGAUGCUGAAGAUAAUCAUGAGAGACUGAUAGACAAUAGUGAUCUCCAUGUAUUAGAUUAUGCACCAACAUUGAAAACCCUGAGCAUUCUCUGUGUCUUGGAAAAGAAUUUGGAUCAAUCAUCACUCCCUCGAGAUAUUAUAAUUGAUAUAAGAACAAUGACAUUACCAAAUAGGAUCAGCAGGCCCAUUAAUCAAGCAGGUUAACUUGAUAAUAGACAUCAUGUGUAACAUGAUAUUAUUGAUUGUUUUAUCAAAGUUUUCAAUAAACCUUGUCAGUUAUCAAAUGAUUAGGUCAUAGUGCAAUAUCAAACAUUUUUGUAAACCUUUUGGAAUUAAAAUUUUAUUAAUUGCAAGUGACAUUGCAUGUUAGCCGAAAAUUUAUAAUAUUAAUGAACAAUAAGGUUGAGAUUAAUUUCUAUAUUAUGGCAGAUUAUUUAUCUAACAAGAUAAAAUAAUUAAGACUCGUUUUUCAACUACCUUGAUGUAGAAUGUUAGCUUAUUAAGACCACAAAAAUAUUCUAAAUAUUAUGAAUGAUUUAGCAUAUUUCAUCAGUGUGAGCAUUUUCAUAUUCAGGAUUUAGUUAAACAGUGUUUAAAUAUAAAUCCUCAAACUAAAUGCUUAUAUUCCUCCCACAUAACAAUUACCAAUAAAUUUAUAUAAUCCCAAGAAACUUUUUUUUUAUCUACAGAAGGUUUUAACUUUUGUCCUCGCUAUUUUAGGAUUAAUGCAAAAAUCCGAAGUAGACUUAGUGUGCGUGUGUCUCUUA